AUGGAAUACCAGAUAUUGAAUACAUCUACCUGUCUGCUGGUCCUUCUGUUUUUCAUACCCACUGGUUUGGGUAUCUGUCCUUCUAACUGUACAUGCUCAGGAAAUGACAGGAAUGUGGACUGUUCAGGCAGAAACUUAACUAUACUGCCACAUGGACUUCAAGACAACAUCACAUAUUUAAAUCUGUCCUUUAACCAGUUCGUAGAUCUCGAUCAUCAGCUAACAAGAUUCACCAAUUUGAGGACCCUUGAUAUUUCAAAUAAUUGGCUCAAGAAUGUUCCUGCUCAUCUGCCCAAGUCCUUAUGGGAAUUAUAUGCCAUAAACAACAACAUUAAAGUUCUUCAGAAACUUGAUACAGCUUACCAGUGGAAUCUUAAAGUGCUCGAUGUUUCCAGGAAUAUGGUGGAAAGAGCUGUUCUGAUCAACAACACACUGAGCAGUCUCAAGUUUCUCAAUCUCAGUAGCAACAAACUUUGGACAGUUCCAACCAAUAUGCCCUACAACAUAGAGACGGUGGAUCUAUCCAAUAAUUUCUUGUCCCAGAUACUUCCAGGAACACUGGUGAGACUACAACACCUCACAAGCCUCUUCCUGCACAACAACAAGUUCACAUACAUUCCUGACAAAGCUUUUGACCAGCUCUUUCAGCUGCAAGUAGUAACACUAUAUAACAACCCAUGGUCCUGCAGCGAUAAACAAAAUAUCCCAUAUGUGCUUAAAUGGGUGCAGGGAACAGCUGCCAGUGUUAUAGGGGCUCCCUGUGCUAAUCAAUCUGUGCUUUGGAUGAAUGCCACAGCAACUUCAGCGGCUCCCACAGCUACAGACUCUAGCCUCAUGAUUAAAGGAAUGAAGGCAGCAGACAAAGCUACUUCUCCAGUAGCUGAACCAACCAAAAUGACAAAAAUGCAUAAACAAUUUAAAGCUAAGGAAGUUUCUACCUUGGCAACCUUAAGCCAAACUGUACUGUUUACGAGCACAGACCGACCACUACUCCUCUAUCCAGAAGAUCUGACAACUAGGAAGGUUAGUUCUCAAGAAGCAGCAGCCACACACACAAUCUACAUCAAAGAUUCAACCGAGGUGAACUCAAGCCUGACUCCUUCAACAGGAUCAUCCACUACUCCUAUGACUUUAAGCAUCACCAGUGGAAUGCCAACAAACUACUCCAAAAUGCCUCAAAGCACAACUGCUACCUUAAGGAAAGAGGAAUCCACUACAAAUGUUUUGAAUACUCACAUGCCCUCCAGAGCAAGUAUCUGUGAGAUGUAUUUGGUUUAUGUUGUAACGCUUAAUGCAGUGGCAAUGUUUAUUGGCUAA